AUGGUGCAAACGCGCCAACAAGCCCGCCGAAAGGCACAGUCUGACAUACUAAAGUAUACCACCGUCAAGUCUGGCGUACAGAAGCUGCCUCGAACCCCAAAAGCCCCAAAAGGCAAGCAUUUCAAUGGUUCCCGAAAAGAACCUAGCCUGUCUUUACAGGUCCACAGGCUUUUGGAUGACGAUGCAUCUGAAGACGAUUUCAGAUCCCUCCUAAUGGGGAGCAAAGACCAGUUGGACUUUGUUCCGCCUCUCGCGUUUGACAAUUUACACACAAAAAACGAUGUCUUUCACCGUGCUAUCCAAAAGCAACGGCUGGAUGCUUUACCAUGGAUGCUUGAAAGACAAAAUCUGGACAAUUGGAACUCUCUCCAUUUGGUGGUGGUUUACGACAACUUGGAGCUGGUGAAGCAACUUGGGGAUGAGAUUCCUGAACUCGGUUGUGUUGUUGAUAGAAGUGGGCGGACACCCCUUCAUCUCGCAUUUACUAAAUGCAACGCUCAAGUCGCUCGCUUUCUGUUGGAAUCAGAUUGCUGGAAUAAUUACCAUGGUGUCGAUCGAAACUGCGUUGGUCAUUUAACGGUAGAAGCCCUUGCAUUCGAUUGCAGAAAGUCAGGAAUGUGUGAAUGGGCCAAUUUGGUUGGAUGGCUUUAUAAUGAGGGAGGGAUGGUGACUGAUACCAAGGAUUCGAACGGCGAGACCGCCAUUGACCUCGCCAGAAAACGGGAUAUUUUCGAUGUUAGAGUGAAAUACCCGUUGAUGGGAAGGAAAUGA